CAAACAGCCUGACCUCGUGCUUUAUAUCAUAUUAAAACAAAACCGGGCAUCAGUUUUUGUACAGUGUUGUGCAGUUGGCAUCAGUUUUUAUUUUAUUUAUCUAGGACAUAUAGCCUACUUUUAAUACGCAUGGCUGAAGCCCGACACCAGGAUGGAGCUGAAGAUUGUCCAAAUGUUAGCACUCCGAGGAGAAGAGAUUCAACCGGCCAUUCAGAUAGAAAUAAACCAGAUCACUUACAUGUAAGUCAAGGAGCCCUUUCCUCAAUCAAAUCAGCUUUUAAAAGAACAUCUCCAAGAGCUCGUUCACAGACUGAAAACUCCAGAGAAAGAAGGCGUCCAGAGAUAACUAUACUAUCAGCAGAGCCGCUGACACCCACUUCCUGGUUUCCAGCAUCUGGAGGUUUUCCAUCCCCAGCAUUUACCACACAACCAGUCUGGAGUGAGAACAUUUUAAACUCUGCUCAGCUCCCACCAUCCUAUGAGCAGGUGAUCAAGGAGAAGACCCAGGAACAGGUCACCACGCCAACACCGUUUCCACGUCGCUCAUACACAACCACUACUUCCACCCAGACUGACAGGCUAGAGGAAAAUGCCACUAGUCCAGAUUCCAACACGCCUCUGCAACUGAUCCAGCAGCACAGACGUGGAGUCUCAACGAAGCAACCAAACAAACCACCUCGUCCAUUAUUGCCAUCUAAACCCAAAAUAACUCAAACCAGUCCCAAAGAACUUUGUUCUGAUAAAGAGGACGAAAUUGCCACGCAGUCCUGCAGUACUGCUAAAAAUUGCUCCAAUCCCGGCACAGCUGUGUUACCUGUCACUACUGAUCUAACACCAACUCAACCCCCUGUGCCCCGGCCACGUGCCACCCCUGUCCCCCAGCCACGUGCCACAGUCAAACAAAUCCCAACUAAUCAAGUCAAUGUGCCACCUCUGAUAAAACUUCAUGACAGCUGGAAUGUUGGUCUUGUAACCCCUAUUGUUGACUCGAAUGUUCAAACAAGCAACUAUCUAAAUGAAUUCUUGGAUGUUUAUAUCUCAGAACCACAGUAUGAACUGAGCAACCCUGUUAACAUUCAAGGUAAGAAGACAGGACAAAGUGCUGAGAACCAUAGUGCGAACAUGACCGCCCUUCACAGUGACCGCAACAUCCGUGCAAAGAUCCAGGCUUUUGAAAGUGUCCUUGGUGCAGAGAAUGAAGAGAAUGAUGAAACCACCACGCCUUUACCCCGGCCUCGUAAAGCUCAGCCCAAGCCACCUGUGCUGGCACCAAAACCCUCCAUUGCCCCACGACCCUCCAUGAAAAAACCCAAAGAAGAAGAGUUUCCACAGGACAAUAACUUAAAUGAUGUCAUCUUACCACCCACCCCAGCACCAAGACCUCAGCUUUUCAAAAAACCUUUGGAUACAAAAUAUGAAUCAGACUUUCAGCUCCCCUUGAGGCCAAUCCCAAUCCCUCCAUCGCGACCCUCAUUGAUCAAAGUCAAGAAUGUAACUUCCCAGGAUGAGGAGGUAGCAUUCAAAGGACUUCCAUCUCCGCUCAAGCCCAGCAUAGAUCUACUCAACUUCAACAAUCACAACUCUACUGCACUUCUGCCAGACACCACAUCCACAGAGAGCAUACAUACCAAUGACUAUGUGGACGCUGCCAUUAAUAACUCUCCUAUUAAACCCGCACGUAAAGGAGGAUUCAGUUACAUGGCACCAAACGUUCAGGGAGUGACCAGGAGACCCACAGUCAUCAGAGUCCCAAGUAAAACUGAAAAGUACCUUGAGGAGAUGACAGAUGUUCCUCCUCCUUUACCUGUACAGAAAGCUGUGGGUGGACUCUCUACACCUGCAAAACCCUCUCGCAAAGACUCCUUCAGUCUCCCAUCUGAAAUCUCUCUUCCACCACGGCCCAUUGGAGGAAAGAUCCUGCCUGCUCGCCCACCACCAGCUAAAACAAACCCAGGGAGACCUCCUCCUCCGCAGAAAAACGGCUCGGUGCGACGACCUUCUGAUAAUAUUCAACAAGAAGUAUCUUUAAAAGUACAGCAACCUCAUUCUCAGCAACAAAACCGUAGAGGUUCGAGGAAAGGACCCGCUUUGCCACCUAGACCCAACCCUGGACAUCAUCUUUAUAACAAAUACACACUUGGGAUACCCCAUGGUAUUGCUCAGUUUAACUACAAUGGCACAGAUAUUGGAGAGCUGUCUUUUCAGAGAAAUGAAGUCCUCGUCCUACUUGAACAAUUAGACAACAAAACAUUUGAGUGCCAAGCGGGAAACGCUAAGGGGACAGUGCAGGCAUCGAACAUGAAGAUUAUUACACCUUUAACAAACUUACCCUAUAAUCCUCAACCACAGCAGAAGAACAGUCCAUCUCAACGUUUUAGUGGAAUGGUGGAAAAUACUGGAUCUUUUCAAGUACAAGCACUAUAUGACUUCACACCAGAGGGUCCGGGAGAGCUGGGUUUGAAGGCUGGUGAUGUUGUGUCUAAUGUAGAACAGCUGGACAGUGAUUGGUACAUGGGAACAUGCAGAAAUAUCACUGGAUUCUUCCCCGUCAACUACGCCAAACCACUGAACAAACCUAUUACACCUGUGCCAACAUUCAUCAGUGAAACUAAACCCAAACCGACUCCUGAGCCUAUCAGUGGGCCAAGAUGCAUAGCGAGGUUUGAUUUUGAAGGAGAGCACAGCGAUGAGCUCUCGUUCUCUGAAGGUGAUGUGAUUCAGCUUCUAGACUAUGCAGAAGAUGAAUGGGCUUCUGGGAGAGUGAACGGCAAAGUUGGCAUUUUCCCUCUCAACUUCGUGGAAGUGAUUGUGGAUCUUCCUCCAGCACCAGUGCAGAAAUCUGCUUCAAACAAGAUUGCACUGCCUGGAAUGGCCGGUUUAACAAACACACAAAAAUCAUAUAAAGCUAAUGAGCCUGAAGGUGUGGAGUGGGCUGUGGCUCUCUAUGACUUUACAGCAGAGACCGAGGAUGAUCUACCCUUCCAGCAGGGAGACCGAAUCCUGGUCACAGCUCACAUAGAUGAUGAAUGGUGGAGCGGGAAGCUUAAUGGUAGAGAAGGGGUCUUUCCUAAAGCAUUUGUAGAGGUUGCUACAGAUGGCUGGAAAUGACACCAGAACAAUUCAUGAGUCAGGAUCUUAAACAGUGUUGUGUUAUGCCAGAUGUGUCAAAUGCAGUUUCAUGUAUUUUUUGAAUGGGCUUGUGUGUUGUCUAAUGUACAAACACAAUUGAAUGUUCCACUCUUUUACAUUACAAAGCACAAUGUAUAGAAAUAUAUAUUCUUUUGUUGGGUCAGUGUUACUUUUGAAUUUAAAAUAAUAUUUUGGUCAGGUAUAUUUAUUGCAGCUGUACAACAGAGAAUGCACUUGUAUAAACCUAAAAAGCAGGUGUGGGGCGACACCUUGUGUCCAAACUGUACAACAAACUUCUAUGGCUUUGUUUUUUAUCAGUACAUCUAUGCACCCUUAUAUCUUCCUAUGGCUUUCAUAUGUCAACAUCAAUUAUUUUUACUGUAUAAACAUUAAACGUU